AACGAGACCGCAGCGCGCUCGCAGUCACUGCGAGACGGGCGCCUCGCUCGGUUCGUUACGCUACGUUACGUUGCGUCCCGCGUCACGCUGCGUUGCGUUACGUUACAUAGACUGGCUCUUGAUAACACAACGCUACAUUAGUUUACACCUAUACGCGUGUGACAGACACACCCAACACGUGCGCAGCAACGCGUCGUGUGUCAAUAAAAGUUGCGGGCGAUCGUAGCGCGCGCGGUCACGCGGUCCCCUGCUACAUGAAUCGUUCCACGUGCUACGUCGACGACAACAACAGCGGCGACGACGGUGACGGCGAAGAGGAAGAAGAAGAAGAGGAGGAGGAAGAAACUGAAGAAGAAACGGUAGAAAAAAAAUCACAAGGAAUAAGAAAAACAAAAGAAAAUCACGUACGUGGAAGUGACAAAAGCAGCGGAGGCAGUGGUGGUGGUAGUAGAGUGGUGGUGCGACGUCGCCGAUUCUUGUCAAAGUUUUCACAGUUGAACGUCGCGCCAUCGGUAGCGCACGCGCUCUAGCGCCAAUCAGCUCCGCGGAAGCUCCGCAUAAUUGAAACCAAAUAACGAACAAACAAAAGCAAGAAAAUUACCGAAUAAAAUAGGAGCUCUCGAGAAGGGUAAAGAAGAGCGAGAGGAGAAAACGCUUCGACGCAUUGAUGCGCCUCAUCAGUUAUGGAUAAUCCUACAGGAAGCGGUGGAGGCGCUCGGGAUUCCCAGAGAUUUGCAAACCUCGGGUACAGCAUGGGGAUGUUGAGCGGCGACACCGGCAACGAACUUUACGCAACUCACACCGCGCAUCCGCCGCAGUCGCAGCCACCGCAAGGCAGCCGCGGCAUGUCGGCAUCUCUCGCUUCGCUCAAUUCCCACGGAGGCGGUGGGGGCGGCAGCGGAGGCGGAGGCCGAGGGGGCGGAGGAGGGGGAGGCGGCAUGCUGUCAGGAGGCGCGUCAGCGUGCAGCAUGCCUCGCUCGGCGCACAAGAGAACCUCGUCCGACAUGUGCUACGAUCAUCAGGACUCGAUCGUAACGGGUCGCUCGAUGACGACGUCUCAGGGUGGUCCUGGGGGAGGCGGAGGCGGUGGUAUCAACGUGAUCAACGUUAGUGGUGGUGACUGUGUCCCGGACAAUUUGGACGACACUUUUGCGUCGCUUAGCCAACCGAAAAAAUCACCCCCGUCUAACGGGAAGAAAACCAAGGGGCGUGUCAAAAUUAAGAUGGAAUAUAUCGACAAUAAGUUGCGACGUUAUACCACGUUCUCGAAACGAAAAACUGGAAUUAUGAAAAAGGCCUAUGAACUGUCAACUCUGACGGGAACUCAGGUGAUGUUACUAGUGGCCAGCGAGACGGGCCAUGUCUAUACAUUUGCGACGAGAAAGUUGCAGCCGAUGAUAACUAGCGAGGCUGGUAAAGCUCUGAUUCAGACCUGCCUGAACAGCCCGGAUCCUCCAUCCUCCGGAUCGACAGGGGACCAGCGGAUGUCUGCUACCGGCUUCGAGGAGACUGAACUGACCUACAACAUUGCUGAUGAGGAGCAGAAAGACGACAUCGCUUCACCGAGAUCCGACGUUUGCGGAAACGACAGCGAUGUGGAUUCGAGCGACGGGGAAUCCCCUGGGGUUGCCAAGGAGCAGGGCAAGAAUCAUGCUGGUAGCAUGUCGCCCUUUGCAUCCGGAAUGAUUUAUCCGAUGCCUCAGAAUGUCGUCUACUCUCCGAGCCCCGGCGUUCUCCUUAGUAUCGGGCAAAAUGGACAACCGGUUCAAAUACCCCAGGAUGCAGGCGUUUCGUCAACGGGCUCUGUACAGAACAGUCAACAGUUCAUCACAAUACCUUUGAGCGUCGCGAUGACAGCAGCGGGUCUCUCGGUGCCGAUAUCAUCGAAAGUUUUGUCGCUACCGGAUUCGACGUCCUCAUCGUCGCCGCAUUCUGACCUACCCUCGGAUCUCACGAAAAGUCGGAAGUGACCUUUCACCUUCAUACAAAUCAUUUAAAGAAAGAAUAAAAUAUGUUUUUUAAAAACGCCGGAAGGAGUAAUUGGGGCUCGAUAAUUAAAUACGUGUGUAAGAAUCCCUACUGGAGCGCGGAAAACAAAAAUAUACUUUCAUAAUAUACUCGUGUCAAAGCAAUUAUAUUUAUAGAUAAAUAAUAAUUUUAACUAUUAUUAUGAAUCGUACGUUUCUAACAACUAUAUACAUGUGUAUAUAUUAUAUGUAUACCGAUGUUGUGUUGGUAUUAUUGUUA